AUGCCUCCAGAGGCAUCUGGCAACGGGUUCGACCGAGAUGGCGCUCUGGCCGCGCCAACCUUUCCCCCGCCGAGUAGCUCAUGGGUACUCAGAGUGGCGUCGGGUGGCUACUUCUGCUACUACGACACGGAGACUGGUGAGCGCAGCUGGUUCGCCCCAGAGGGAUCAAGCUCCUCCUUCGUGUACGACCAGGCCGACUUCUCGCAAUCAGUCUCUAUGUGCGACCUGCCACCGCCUCUUCCUGCCAACGCGUCCAUCUGUGCGCCGUUCAACACUGGUUGGUUUGCACACAAUGUCGAUGCCAACGACUGCGUCCUCCUGUACCACGGACGGACAGGACACGUCCGCUUGGCACCUUGGAUUUGCCUCCGGGACGAGUACGGGCGCGUGUACUUCGGCAACCUGAUCACCCGCGUCACGCAAUGGUAUCCUCCCAAGCUGUGGAUGCAGGAGAACAUCGCCCGGCCGCCCCUCCACGACAUCGAUAUGUCUUGCCAACGGGUCGACGACUUACGGUCAAUUGCGCUUUGCCUGGCCUCAGCGCAUGCGCCACCGUCGAAGCUGACCCGCCUCGUCAACCGGACGAUGGUGGAGGGUGGGGCACCGUACCGAAACUGCAUCGGGCUACCUCACUACCCGCCCGACUCGUUCGACAACGACCUCACCUUCCCGAUCAACGGGCACUACGAGCGUAUCAAUGGGACGCUCUGGAAAAAGAUGUAA